AUGACAGCAAUAAACAACGAGUCAGUGUCGCAAUCUUAUAAUAUUCGUCCAUGUACGAUCGCGGAUGAGGAGAGUGCUAUUGCUGUUUGUUUAAAGACAGGGGAUGCUGGUAACGACGCAAGCUUGUUGUAUGAUGAUCCGAAACUGCUGGGAUAUCGAUAUGUUUCACCAUACAUUCAUUUAUCUCCGGAACUUGCAUUUGUCUUAGAAGAUUCGGAAGGAAAUGUAUGUGGAUAUGUACUUGUUACUUUACAUAAUGAUAUAUUUUACAAACGAUAUUUGAAAGAAUGGCUUCCAAAAAUGAAACAACUUUAUCCCACCAUUCCAUCAGACGAAGAAAGAGUGAAAAGAGAUUGGCAAAUUGUACACAGUUUUCAUAAUGAUAAUUUACAAUCAUUGAAAAUUUUUGAUGACUAUCCUUCACUUCUUCAUAUUGAUCUUCUUCCAAAAGCUCAAGGAAAAGGUUAUGGAACAAAGAUGAUACAUCAUAUUGAAAGCGAAUUGCAACGGCGUGGAUCAAAAGGUAUUCAUUUAGAGAUGGCAGCUAAUAAUGCUAGAGCAUUUCGCUUUUAUACUAAACUCGGCUUCACCGUUCUUGUUCAAGAUCAAGAGACUAUUUGGCUAGGUAAAAAAUUGACAUAA